AUGGCCACCACCGGGACGCUGGGCACCUACUACGUGGACUCGUUCCUGCUGGGCGCCGAGGCGGCCGACGAGCUGGGCAGCGGCGGGCGCUACGGCCCGGGCCCCCUGGGCCAGCCCCCGAGGCCGGCGGCGGCGCUGGCCGAGCACCCCGACUUCAGCCCCUGCAGCUUCCAGUCCAAGGCGGCGGCGGCGGCGGCGGUGUUCGGGGCGUCGUGGAACCCGGUGCCCGCGGCCGGGGCCGGCGCGGUGCCCGCCGCCGUCUACCACCACCCCCACCCCCACCCUCCCUACGCGCACCCCCCGGCGCCCGUGGCCGCGGCGGCGCCCCCGGACGCCAGGUACCUGCGCUCCUGGCUGGAGCCCGCGCCCGGCGCGCUCUCCUUCGCGGGCUUGCCCUCCGGCCGGCCUUACGGCGUUAAACCUGAACCGCUGCCGGCCAGAAGGGGCGACUGCCCCGCGCCUGACACCCACACUCCGCCCUUCACUGACUAUCCUUGUGGUUCCCCUCCAGUUGAUAGAGAGAGACCCCCCGGCGAGGGCGCCUUCUCCGGAAGCACCGCCGAGAAGGACAGCGGCGGGGACAAGUCCCCCAUCGACCCCAGUAACCCGGCCGCCAACUGGCUGCACGCGCGCUCCACGCGGAAGAAGCGCUGCCCCUACAGCAAGCACCAGACGCUGGAGCUGGAGAAGGAGUUCCUCUUCAACAUGUACCUCACGCGGGACCGCAGGUACGAGGUGGCGCGGCUGCUCAACCUCACCGAGAGGCAGGUCAAGAUCUGGUUCCAGAACCGCAGGAUGAAGAUGAAGAAGAUCAACAAAGACCGGGCCAAGGACGACUGA